CGUAAACGUCUCGUUUGUUUCAGUUCUAGCAAAAUGAAAGUCGUUGUGUGCCUUUUUCCACUCCUGCUCUUACUUUCCAGUUGGGUAUCUUCACUGCCCACUGCGGAUAAGGAAGCUCUUCCGAAUACAUUUACCAGCGAUGCCUCCCAGCUGUUAGCCAUUCAAUUGCUAAAACACAACAAAGAUAUUGAUGCCAAUCAGGUGCAUUCCCCACUGGGAGUGGCCACCAUCUUAGCUGUCCUAGCCGAGGCGUCAGAAGGAGCCACCUAUGAUGAGUUCAAUACUGUUUUUGGUUUCCCCAAGGAUCGCAGCGCUUUGCGUGAGAGUUACAAACGUAUUUUAGGCAAUUAUCGGAAUCGUGAUGCGGCAGUGGCAUUGCCUUCCUUCCAGACCUGGCUCUACAUCUAUCGCAAUAACAGUGCUCGCGAGGAUUAUAAGCAGCUGCUCGAACAAAACUACUACGUCGAGGUGAAGGACAUUAACAGACAGGACUAUGACUGGAGUGAGCCAAACACUUCACUUCAGCUAGAGGAAGCUGGAGCCGAUGUUGAUAUCAGAACCGAGCCCAGUAAUAGCAAAGAUGUCAUCGGUUUUGAGACCCUAAAACGAAUCAACGUGGACGAUGAUGUUCCCCUAGUAACCACCGAUACUUAUGGCGUGGAAAUUGUGAACAAGGAAGCUUCCAAAUUUGAUCGUGAAGUGGAUGACAAGCAGUAUGUGGAAAAACCAGUUGCCCUGGCUGAGGCUGUCCAGAUGCUCAAGGAGCAACCGUUCACCACAGAAUCCGCUGAAGCUGCCGCUACCACCGAUGCCGCCGCUGACAUGGAAAAACUUGAAAAACCUGCUGAACCCGCCAUGGCUGGUGAGGAAAAUCUAGCCGAUAAGCAGCAGAACAAACGUGAAGAGAACCUUCAGGCCAAUGUGGAGGAGAACGAGACGGUGCAAGAGGAUGAGAAGCUAAACAAGCAACCGAUGGCCAAUGAACAGGUUACCGCUGGUGAACCCGAAAAAGUGCGUCUGCCGUUGCAGAAACUGGAAAAUGCCGUCAAGACAGCGGUCAAAGACAGUGCCGAUGAGAUAAUGCUGGCUCUCGAAUCGCAUCUAAGUGCAGUUAGUCGGGUUUAUGGUGCCCGUAGCCUAUUCCGUCGCGAUGAUAUUGCCUCGGCACUGAGUGCCAACUCCAUAACUGGGCGCUCGGCUGGCUCUAAGUCCAAGAUGUUGCUCUUCAAUGGCCUCUACUACCGCGGCAGCUGGGCUCAACCCUUCUAUCAGCUGCGCGAUGGCAGUGAUGAGUUUUUCUUCAUGACCAACGAAGAUGCCAUGCAAGCUCCCAUGAUGCAUACCAAGGGAAAAUUCUAUGUGGCCGAUUUGCCACAGCUGAAGGCUCGCGUACUCUCCCUUCCUUACGAGAAUGAAAAGUACGGCCUAAGCAUCGUUCUACCCAACGAGACUGAAGGACUGAGUGAGGUCAUUGCCCAGAUGCAGCCAAGUGACUUCAAAUAUGCUCGUGAUCAUAGUGAACUGAAGCAGAUGCAUGUAUCGCUACCUAAAUUCCAGGUAGAGGAAACCUCACGCUCCGAAUCGGUUCUAAAGCAAUUGGGCCUCCAGCGUCUUUUCUCACGCACCGAUGCCGAGUUGAGCCUGCUGUCCGAUGACACGGACGUCCAUGUGGACGAGAUUGUCCAGUUUGUUAAUGUGCGCGUGGAUGAGGGCGGUAGUAGUGCGAAUGCCUUAUCUGCUGCCAACAUGCAGGCACGUUCACCUCUAGCCAGUGCCACCGAAUUACCUGUACCGGAACCAGAACCCGAGCCAGGUGUUGAGCGAUUCGAGGUGAAUCGUCCAUUUGCCUAUUUCAUAAUGGACUGCGAGAAUCAGUUGGUGCUGGCCUCUGGCAAGGUGUACACCCCAGAAUUUAAGGAUGAUCUGCCACCCGUCUCUGUUGAAAUUGAGCUGGAGCAAUCAUAAGUCGCAUAAGUAUCUCCUUCUCCUUCCUCUCUCAUAUAUAGUUAGUGCGUAAGUUUCGUAACGAAUUUUCACCGAUCCAUAAGCAAUAAA